GAGAACCCUCGGAACGAUUUCCUACCUGACUCUGGGCCACUAUUGUACCUUGAUACCCCGAAACCAACUCAUGUCUUUGCCCCUCCUAUUCUAUCACUCCCUCACAACGAUUCGUGCUCAGAACUGGACUCGAUGAAAUGUUCACCUGAUACCUCAACGCAUGUGGUACUGUCGGUGCGCUUAGAGCAAGGGUUCAUGCAGGGCGCACAGAUUGGUGUGUUUUAUGACCCGAUGAUUGUCAGGCUGGUGGUAUGUGGACAUAGCGCCAAGCCACUUUUCGACGCGAUCCAGUGCCAGCGCGAGUGAUGUGGGAAAAUUACUGGACGAGCAAAUAAGAAGGGCGGGCCGGAAGUAAGAGCAUCUGCCUCGCGCUGAGAAUCACACUGGUGACUGCAUUAUGC